GUCCUCCCCCACCGGGCUGGGGGGAGCGGGGCGGCGCGGCACGGCUCGGCACGGCUCGGCCAGCCCUCUGCGCCUCCCCGCCACGCCAUGGAGAGGAGCAGCGCCGGGCGGGAGCCGCAGCCCCAGCCCCAGCCCCAGGCAGCCCCCGGGAAGACCCCGUCCCCGAUGGGUGACAGCGUGCUGCCCCUCGCCGCGCAGCCCCCCUCGCCUGGGGGCACCCUGCACGGAGACAGCCCCCCCCCACAGCGCGACCGACCCGUCCCUCCGGCCGUCACCCCCCCAGGACAGCCCGCCUCGCCCGUCCCUCCGGCCGUCCCCCCCUCCAAAACGAGCCUCCCGCCCGUCCCUCCGGCCGUCCCCCCCCCAGGACAGCCCGUCGGCCCCGUCCCCCCCGCCGUCCCCCUCUCCACGGAGAGCGGCGCCCCGCAGCGUGACCGACCCGUCCCCGCAGCCGCCGCGCCGUCAGGACAGCCCGUCUCCCCCAUCCCUCCAGCCGUGGCCCCUUCGGCAGAGAGCGUCCCCCCCUGGUGCGAGCAGCCCCCCCCCGGACCUCCCCGUCCCCCCGCUAUGGAGCACCCCAAAGAAGAGGCAUCGCCCCACGCCGCCGGCCAGCCGCUCCCCGUCCCUGCUGCCCCCUGCCCGGCAGAGACGCUGCCCCCCGGGAGCACCCCCCAGGACACCACCGCCUCCAAAGGGCCCCCCCCCGAUGCCAAGAGCCCCCCGGGCAGCGCGGCCGGACCCCCAAAGGACGUGCCCCCCAAAGGCGACCGCUCGGCCCCCGCUGCAGCAUCGCCGGCUUCGGCCGCCAGCCCCAGACCCAAGCAAGACGCCCAGAAAGCCCAGGCGAGGCACAAGCAGGCCAAGGAGCGGCGCGAGGAGCGGGCCAAGUACCUGGCUGCCAAGAGGGUGCUGUGGCUGGAGAAGGAGGAGAAGGCCAAGCUGCUGCGGGAGAAGCAGCUGGAGGAUCGCCGCAAGCGCCUGGAGGAGCAGCGGCUGAAGGCGGAGAAGCGCCGCGCCGUCCUGGAGGAGAGGCAGAGGCAGAAGCUGGAGAAGAACAAGGAGCGCUACGAGGCGGUCAUCCAGCGCUCGGCCAAGAAGACGUGGGCAGAGAUCCGGCAGCAGCGGUGGUCGUGGGCCGGGGCCCUGCACCACGGCUCCUCCGCGCACAAGGACGGUGCGAGCCGGUGCUCGGUGUCCGCCGUAAACCUCCCCAAACACGUCGACUCUAUAAUCAACAAGCGGCUCUCCAAAUCCUCCGCCACCCUCUGGAACUCUCCCAGUAGAAACCGCAGCUUGCAGCUGAGCCCCUGGGAGAGCAGCAUCGUGGACCGGCUGAUGACGCCCACCCUGUCCUUCCUGGCGCGCAGCCGGAGCGCCGUGACGCUGGCUGGGAACGGCAAGGAGCAGGUGCCCGUGUGCCCCCGCUCGGCCUCCGCCAGCCCCCUCAGCCCCUGCCACAACCACCGCCUGCAGCACCGCUGCUGGGAGCGGCGGAAGGGCCCCGCCGGCAGCCCCGACGUGACGCCGCGCCGCCGGACCGAGUCGUCGCCCAAGAAGAAGGAGAAGAAGGAGAAGGAGCGGGAGAACGCCAAGGAGCGCAGCGCCUUGUCCCGCGAGCGCAGCCUCAAGAAGCGGCAGUCGCUGCCCGGGGCACAGCCCCGGCUCCUGCCCGCAGGGGACAGCAGCCCCGGCCCCAAGAACCGUCCCUCGUCCCCCGCCACCCCCAAAGGCCGCCCAGCGUCCCCCAGCCCAGCCCUCGGCUCCCCCCACAAGCCGCCCCUGCCCCGCAGCGCCCAUUCGUCCCCCAAGGUGCGUGCCAAAGCCCGGGACGAGCGGGGCGAGCAGGAAGGCCAGGUGAAGACGCGGGAGAAGAAGGAGGAGGAGAGGGGCCCGGCCCCUUCCGACCCCCCCAGAGUGCCCGCAGAGCCGACAGCAGCCCCCCCGCCCCCCGCAGCCCCCAGCCCCGCUGCGGCCACCCCCCCCAGCAGACCCCCGGCCGGCACCACGGACCGGGAGGAGGCCGCCCGGCUGCUGGCGGAGAAGCGGCGCCAGGCUCGCGAGCAGCGGGAGCGGGAGGAACGGGAACGUCGGGAGCAGGAGGAGCGGGAGAGGCGGCUGCAGGAGGAGCGGGCGCAGCAGGCGGCGGAGGAGCAGAGCCGCAGGGAGGCCCUGGCACGGCAGCGGGAGGAGGAGCGGCGGCUGCAGGAGGAGCGCGAGGCCCAGGAGAGGGCCCGGGCUGAGCGGGAGGAGACCGAGAGGCUGCAGAGACAGAGGGAAGAGGCCGAGGCGAGGGCACGUGAAGAGGCCGAGCGGCAGCGCCAGGAGCGGGAGAAGCAUUUCCAGCGUGAGGAGCAGGAGCGGCUGGAGAGGAAGAAGCGCCUGGAGGAGAUCAUGAAGAGGACGCGCAAGUCGGACGCGGCAGAUGCCAAGAAGAAGGAGGACAAGAAGAUAAUGAACGGGAAAGCAGCUGAGCAGGAGGAUGUCACAGGCCGUGAGAAGCGAGCGGGGCCAAUGCCCAAGGCGGAGGAGCUCCCUGAGACAGAGACACCGAGCACAGGGUCACCAGGGAUGCUGAAGGGCCCCUCGGGCGAGGGGCUGCAGCCGAGCUCCCCAGCCAAGGAGGUGGCGGCGCCCGUGGUGAAUGGCAUGCAGCCCGGCAAGCACGAGAACGGCUUCUCCGGCACUGAGGGCUCCCCGGAGCUGCUGGAGCUCUCCCACCACGGCAGCAGCCCCGGCAGCAUCAUCCCCUUCGGCGACAAGGAGCCCUUCCUCAAGCAGGCCGUGGUCAAACCCCCCCAGGUCACAGAGGUGCUGUGAGGGCCUGGCCCUGGCAGAUGUCCCCGCGGGGCCACCGCGCACGUGCCACCACCGGCCUCCCGUGCAGACCCGUAGCUGUUGUCAGAAGAAACACCGCGCUGCUCCCCUCUGCCCGCCACCCGCACCCGGCCCGGCCGCGGGGAGCCCGGGCGGCGCGAGGCCCCGGCGAGGCGGCCACCGGCCCCCUGCCUGCGCCGGGGGCUCCUGGUUUCUCUCUUCGUUCUCGUUUUUAUUUCGUUUCUUUAUUAUUUUUUAAACAUGCACCUUAUCAGACUGACACCCUCACCCUAGCAGCCUGCCAAGAGCCGCCCCCCCCCUCCCUCCUGCCCCGGACGUGUGGUGUAAUAAUGUAGUUAUUUAACUUGCUGGGUACAAUGGAUGUGAAUACUGUAAAUAGAGCUCGGCCGGGGACGUGUGGGGACGGCGGGCGCGGGGCUGCUGGGGGGCUCCCCGCGCCCUCGUGUCAGUGUCGUGCAUUUGGACAACCUCCAACAAUAAAAACGGACAAGCGCCCGC